ACAGCAGUUUUUGUUUUUCACGGCAUUCGAUUGAUAAUUUAUUAAUUAUUAAUUUAUUAUAAUUUAUAAUAGGUAGUUUACAAAACAUUACAUCACCUAUUCAUUCAUUUCAAUAAUUCGAAUUGGACGAACUGGUAGUCGGCACGUCGCUACAUCGUCGAAUUUCUGGUUGGAUUUCCUGUGCAUUACGCACUAUCCACCAAUAGUCGACUGUACAGGCGUUCAAGACCGGAUUCACGCCGAAGUCCCUUUACUGCCACUAUGAUCAAGUCUAAGGCUUUGUUGUCCAGGACGUGCUUGUUUAAGGAGAGCCGAUCGUUUUCGGAAUAUCGGCGGUCGUUGAGCACCAAACUAGAACCCAUCAAAAUGUCGUUCACAUCAUACGAGUCAGCUGCCGAUGGUGGACAAAAACCUCCAAUCAUCAUCAUGCACGGUCUGUUUGGUUGCAAGUCCAAUUGGAAUAGUUUGUCCAAAUCCCUUCACAACAUGACCCGCAGAAAAGUAAUUACUGUUGAUGCAAGAAAUCAUGGAGACUCACCACAUACUUUAGAGCAUACAUAUCAGCUUAUGGCUGAAGAUGUUAAAUAUUUAAUGGAAGAUUUAGGUGUAAAAAAAGCUUCAUUAAUUGGUCAUAGCAUGGGUGGCAGAACAAUGAUGUACUUAGCAGUCAUCUAUCCAGAGCUUGUGGAAUCUUUAAUACCAGUUGAUAUAUCGCCAAUCAACAGUAAAGAAGUGAGUGAUAUCCAAAGUAUUUUAGAUGUCUUAAGAGGUGUAAAUUUAGAUACUAAUGGACCUAUAUCAAAAGUUCGAAAAUUGGCAGAUGAACAUAUGAAAACUUCAAUUGAGAGUCCAAUACUUCGACAGUUCCUCUUAACCAAUCUUAUUGAAGUGGACAGAAAAUACCAAUGGCGAGUAAAUAUAGAAUCCAUCAAUGCUAAUUUUAAAAAUAAUCUUGCUGUGUUUCCACCUUUGCAAUCAACAUAUAAUGGUCUAACAUAUUUCAUUGGAGGCGGAAAUUCACUUUUCUUGAAACCAUCAGACCAUGAGGCCAUCAAACAGAUAUUCCCUUCAGUUAAAUUUGAUUAUAUACCUGGUGCUGGCCAUUGGUUACAUGCUGAAAAACCUCACGAGUUUUUGAAAUUAGUAUCACAAUUUUUAGCUACUGUAUAAAAUAAAAGUAUAAUUUUUAGACUGUAAUUUAUUGAAUAGAUUUUUGUUCAAAUUAAAACUCUCAAAUGUUACCUAAUAAUGCUUGGUGGAACUUCCUUUGAAAAAAAUAAUAGAAUUGUUUGUUAAUUCAAACUUUUAAGUCUGAAAAAUUAAAAAAAAACUUAUGAUAAAAUUUGUGAUUUAAAAUGUUCAAAUAUAUUUUCCUUUGUUAAAUA